UUUUUUCGAAUUUCCAAUUCAUCAAAAACCAACCAAUCGAAUCCUAUUUUUACAAAACCAAAAAAAAAAAAAAAAUGAGCGACAACCGGGAAAAGAUUUUCUAUAUUCCGAAUGAUGAUGAAGAAGAUGAUCCAAGCACUUUAGCUUAUUAUGAUGACUCACUCUUUUUCGAUGACUAUGAAACAUACUGGGAUGUGGAUGAAGAUGAAGAAGAUGAAUGGAUUUAUUGCGAUGGAAAUGAAAUAAAUGAAUCAUUUGAAAUCGUUAACCCAGAAACAUUGAUAAAUGAACAACCAAACACAACAAAUAAUACUGAAAGUGUUAAUUUCCCUGAACAAUCAGAAAAAUCCAAUGAUGAACAGUGCUUCCCAGAAGAAAUUGAUGAAACUGAAGAUGAUGAAUACUUUCCAGUUCAUCAUACAAAUUUGGCUGAUAAUAAUGAUGAAGAAUUACAAGAAUCAGACGACGACAUUGAUAAUCAAAAUUAUCAUUAUUUACCUAUGCGUCGUCAUAGCAUUUAAAAAUCGAUUAGUAUAAUCAAUUAGUAUAAAAGCUCUAAUUCUAUGUCGUAAAUCCGAAUUGCAGAAUAUUUUUUC